UCCGCUCACUAGACGCCGACGACUUCCCCCCCAUCGAAACCCUCGCGACUGCAAAAACCUCGCUGCCGACAGCGUGUUGGAGAGUUGAGGCAGGGUUGGCAUCGAGGGUUACAGAGACGAUCAACUACCUGAAAGGGACGUUGCCUACCGAACUCGACUUGUACCCUGGGAAUGUGGAGUUGCUACAAAGCUACUCAACUGAUGUUAUUCAGAUGUACAAGUCGUUUGCCAUCUCUAGUCCGGGCAACACGGCUGACAGUGAGCUCAUAGCAGCGAAAGUUGAGCGGAGUUUGGGAUCUGAUUCGUCAAAAGUUGCGAGUGAAGACAAAGAGUUGCUCAUGCUUGUUGUGAACGCCCUCAAUUGUCUUCUGUAG